UGAUUUGAAAAUAGAGUAGGCAGCCAGCGAUCCCCUAAAAUUCUCGGCUUCUUCUUCUUCUACGAGCCCUAAGGCCAGCGAUCAGCCAUCACACCUGCCGGAACGCCUCGCCGGCCGGCCGCCCACCCACCGGACCUCCAUCCGUUGCGCCUCCGUCCUUUCUGAGACUUUGAAUCCUUUCCGUGCUUCUUCUCCUUCCGUCUCUGUUGGUUCACCUUGCCGGGUCGCCCCGCCACGCCGAAGACUUGCGAUAUGUCAGCUAUGGAGCAAUGGAGACAGCAAAUUGAAGAAUGGGUUCGUCAGCAACCUAUAGAGCAACUUUAUGUUGCUGUAGCAGUUCUAGUAUUCACCCUUACUUUCUUCGGUCUGUUUCGUAUACUGAGACGUUCGAAGUCCAAAACAGUUUUGCUUGCAGGCUUAAGUGGUAGUGGUAAAACCGUUCUGUUUUAUCAGCUUCGUGAUGGCUCCCCUCAUCUAGGUGCUGUUACAUCAAUGGAACCAAAUGAUGGUACCUUUGUGCUGCACUUCGAGCUUGAAAAGAAGGGAAAACUAAAUCCAGUUCGUUUGGUUGAUGUUCCUGGCCAUUCACAGUUGAGACCAAAGCUUGAUGAAUUCUUGCUUCAUGCAGCUGGAGUCAUUUUUGUUGUGGAUAGUUUGGAGUUCUUACCAAACUGCCGAGCUGCUGCUGAGUAUUUGUAUGAUAUACUUACAAAGAUGACAGUGGUGAAACAGAGAAUUCCCAUUUUGAUACUGUGCAACAAGGCAGAUAAAGUGACGGCACACUCGAAGGAAUUUAUCAGGAAACAGCUGGAGAAGGAAAUUGACAAGCUUCGCGCCUCGAGAAGUGUCAUUUCAACUGCAGAUUUAGCCAGUGAGUACAAACUUGGGGUGCCUGGCGAAGCAUUCAAUUUUUCUCAUUGCCGAAACAUGGUAACAGUGGCCGAGGCAUCAGGGUUGACCGGAGAGAUAUCGCAAGUUGAGCAAUUCAUCAGAGAGCUAGUGAAACCUUAGACAUAAACUUGCAAUUCAUCAGAGAGCUAGUGAAACCUUAGACAUCUCCUCGGUCACCAUGCUAUGUGUGGAUGAAUUCAAAAGAUUUUGUUAUAGAGUUUUGCAUGCACCAGUUGUUUGAGCUUUCUUCGCAGUCAUAGAUUUGGAGUGUGAACCUUUAAGCUUAUUCGAGCAGAGGCUGUAAAAAUCCUAUUGAAAGGACAAGACAUUUUAAUUGCUUGGUUGUGUCAAAAACUUUCUCAUCUA